AUGUCAGUAAUGAUGUAUCCCCGAGAGGAGAAGCUGGACAAGUUGUCACAGGAGGAGAUCAUCUCCCACACCAAGCUGGUAAUGCAAGGUUUGGAGGCCCUCCGCAAUGAGCACAACUCCAUCCUGCACAGUCUACUGGAAACCAUCAAAUGUCUCAAAAAGGAUGAGGAGGCCAAUCUGGUGCACGAGAAGUCGGGUCUCCUGCGCAAGUCCGUGGAAAUGAUUGAGCUCGGGCUUGGUGAGGCACAGCUGAUGAUGGCGCUCUCCAAUCACCUGACAGCUGUGGAGUCGGAGAAGCAGAAGUUACGGGCACAGGUGAGGCGUCUGUGCCAGGAGAACCAGUGGCUCCGUGAUGAGUUGGCCAACACCCAGCAGAAGCUGCAGCACAGUGAGCAGAACGUGGCCCAGCUGGAGGAGGAGAAGAAACAUCUGGAGUUCAUGAACCAACUGAAGAAGUAUGACGAGGACGUCUCACCUACGGAGGAGAAGGAAGGCGAAUCUGCUAAAGACAACCUGGACGAACUUUUCCCAAAUGAGGAAGAAGAUUCUGGACAAGGAAUUUCUCACCAGCACAGCGCAGCAGCUGCAGCUGCCCAGCAAGGUGGAUAUGAGAUUCCAGCACGACUUCGCACACUGCACAAUCUUGUAAUCCAGUACGCUUCCCAGGGGCGCUACGAAGUUGCCGUACCUCUCUGCAAACAAGCGCUUGAAGACCUGGAGAAAACCUCCGGACAUGACCAUCCUGACGUGGCCACCAUGCUGAACAUCUUAGCAUUGGUGUACCGGGACCAGAACAAAUACAAAGAGGCUGCUCAUCUCUUAAACGAUGCCUUAUCAAUCCGAGAGAAGACCCUGGGCAAGGACCAUCCGGCAGUGGCAGCAACUUUAAAUAAUCUGGCAGUCUUGUACGGCAAGCGUGGAAAAUAUCGAGAGGCUGAACCUCUGUGCAAGAGAGCGUUGGAAAUCCGAGAGAAGGUCCUCGGGAAGGAUCACCCAGAUGUGGCCAAACAGCUGAACAAUCUUGCUCUCCUGUGUCAGAACCAGGGAAAGUACGACGAAGUGGAGUACUAUUACUGCCGCGCUUUGGAGAUUUACCAAGCCCGACUCGGUCCUGACGACCCAAAUGUUGCCAAAACAAAGAAUAACCUGGCCUCCUGUUACCUGAAACAAGGGAAGUAUAAGGCCGCCGAACAGCUAUACAAGGACAUCCUGACACAGGCUCAUGUAAAAGAGUUUGGCUCGGUGGAUGAUGACCACAAGCCCAUCUGGAUGCAUGCUGAGGAAAGAGAGGAGAUGAGCAAGACCCCUCAUAAUGACAGUACAAACCGUAUUCUGAAUAUGGGGGUUGGUACAAAGCUUGCAGAGUAAACAGCCCGACAGUGAACACCACCCUUCGAAACCUUGGAGCGUUUAUACCGGCGCCAGGGCAAGCUGGAAGCAGCAGAGACUCUGGAAGAGUGUGCAAUGCGGUCCCGCCGACAGGGACUAGAUCCUGUCAAUCAAACUAAAGUCGCCCAACUUCUAAAAGAUGGCGAGACCCCCGAACAACGAAGAAAAGGGCGCGAAUCAGGCCGUAGUAGUGUGAAGUACGAGGGUGGCACAGAGGGGGCAGAAGAAGUGAGUAUGGGAGGCGUGGAAUGGAGCGGGGACGGCAGUGGGGCCCUCAGGAGGUCAGGGUCUCUGGGGAAGAUCCGCGAUGUCCUGCGAAGAAGCAGCGAAAUGUUGGUGAAGAAGCUACAGGGAACAACACCGCCUGAACCGCGCAAUUCAAACAUGAAGCGAGCGGCAUCUCUGAACUAUCUCAACAAAUCAAGUGAUGAGACUUUCCAGGGCUCUCAGAGUCUUCUGUCGGAGUCACGGGGUUUGAGCGCCAGUAACAUUGAUCUUUCAUCACAGCGUUGCUGA